AGUGGUCAUGAUUGCAGCUGAAUGAAAUAUCAUUGAUAUAUAAAUGAAUGAAUUUUGAUGUAUCCGAAAGUCUGAGAUAAACAAUGAAAGUGUUUGUUUUACUAGUACUUAGUGUUUACAUUCUCAUUGAAAAUGAGGCAGCUAUGACUGAUGCUCAGUUGAAAGCUGCUCUCAAAUUAUUGAGGAAUGUUUGCCAACCCAAGAAUAAAGCAACAAAUGAGCAAAUUGAAGCUAUGCAUAAAGGAGACUGGAACCAAGACAAAAAUGGGAUGUGUUACAUGCAUUGUGUACUGAACAUGUAUAAAUUGAUCAAGAAAGACAACACAUUGGAUUAUGAAGUUGGUAUGAGCACUAUAGAGGCACAGGCUCCUGAUUCAAUAAAAGCUACAGCUAUACAUUCGCUAAAUUCCUGUAAAGAUGCUGCUAAAACUACUAGCGAUAAAUGUAUAGCAGCUUUCGAAAUUGCCCACUGUUUAUAUUUGGAUAAUCCACCGGCCUACUUCUUGCCUUAAGAAAUUACAUGGAUUUGGGACCAGAUAGAUGGAAUCUAAAAUUGACUAAAAUUGAUCAAUAAUAAUUUAUUAUAUUAUGAUGUUAUACAUUAUAUGAUGAAAUGAAAUAUGAUUUUAACAGAAAA